CCAUGUGGCAAGAUUUUGCCAACAAAUUAACCUCGACACAACAAGCGUAAAAACUAUUAAGUAAAAACAGCAAAGACUGCAUUCUGUUUGAAAAAUGUUGACGAAGAGAGGAGCACAUAAAUUGCUGAAGAAUGUGCACUUUCCAGGUGAGGAGGAUGCCCUCCGAGAGCUGAAGUUGGCUGCAGCGGGCAAACAGUCUCGGCAAGCUCUGAUCCGUCUGAAGAAACCGUCGCCAGAACGGAGCUCUGCAGCCGCCAUCGAACUACAACGAGUAUGGAGGGGCUACUGGACAAGAUGUCGGCUCUACGAAAUCUUGAACCCAACGGUCAGUACCCAGGUCCAUCAGACUGGCAGCCGCUUUGUCCACAGCGAGCAAGGGCUGCGAGACGUCGGGACCGCACCUUCCAAAUCCCCUGAGAAGUCGAGGUCAAAGGUCACGACGGUCCCAUCCAAGGAGUCCAUCCAAAGUAAGGUGUCGACUGUUAAAACUCUCAGUGCUCGGCAGCGACUCGAGGGAUACUAUGAAAAGUAUUACCUGCGUAAGAAGGCAAAAGGAGAGCAAGAUAUCAUCUCUUUUGAGGAGUUCUGCGCCCACUACAUCCAGAACUGGUGGCACCGGAUCCGACGCCAGCGGUCGGUGGUCAGCACAGGGGGGCCCGGGCCACAGCUAUCAGCGGCGCCCCAAGGGGUGCGGUCGGUCACCAUCUCGCUCUCCCCCGAGUCCGGCCGUGCCUCGGUGCCCCACGUGGCCGUCCGCAUGCAGCCCAAGAAGAAGAAGAGGAAAGCGCGACCGUACCCCUUGGACCCCAAGGAAGCAGCCAAGAUGAUACAGCGAGCUUGGAGGAGGCACAUUGACGUGCAGGUAUAUCGUUACUACCGGGACCUCAUCAACUUUCGUUGCCGUGGCGACCCCAGCAUGAUGCUUCGCUGCAUCAACCCCAAGGAAGCGCAGCUCCUGGAUGCCGCAGCGGGGAUCCACAUCAAAUUCAGACUCGCUGGCGAGAGAUUCCCACCCAAUAUUUACUACAAGAUCUUCACCCACCGCAAUGUGGUGGACAUGUGCGCCAACAGCCCCAAGGAUUACACGGCGGCCGCCGCCAAGCGGCGUGCGGCCCGAGACGUCCACAACCACCACCUGAAGGAUGGCAGUGGGGCCAGAGAAGGCGAGAGAGAGGGCUGGUACCAAAGGAUUGAGAACAACGGGUGGCGUCUGGUCUCAGACAGAUUGCUCCUACGACCCGAGCAAGACCCCGUGACUUGGGAGAGCAGUAGCAGGAAGGUGGACUUCCCCCACACCAAGCUACAGAGGAAGCAAGACGUGGAGAGAAAGAAGAAACAGCGGAAGGUGGAAUGGAUGAAGAAGAUGUACCGGGAGGGUAUGCUUCAGGCCAAGACCGAAGACUCGGACACCAAGUCGCUGGUCGAGGGUGCUGCAGCAGGUAUGGUGGCGGCCAUCGAAAGCCAGGGGUCGGAGGUCGUGGAGGAGUGGGAGGUGGACGAACUCCUGGAGUGGACCAGUGGCCUAAACUUUGAUGAUUAUUUGACAUCAUGGAAGGAAUUGGCCACAAGUUCGGGCUCCGAGAAAUAUGUUGAGGAGAGACUGAAGUUCGACACGACUGGCAAAGAUCCCUACGAGUUCAGCAUCACUUUUGCUGCCUUGCCCACGCCGUCCAGACUAACCUCCCUCCAGCCGCCAAAGACGUCGCCAGCCGUCUCCGUUCAGUAAAGCAGGUACGAAGACAUUUUAUUCACGUGCCUGGAUGCAGCCUAUUUGUGGAGACUACCGUUUCAGUCAUGGUCACAGUCCGUCCUUUCAUUUGCUUGCUGUAACUUUGAAUAUUGUGUAUCGAUUGCAACGUUGCACGGGCUGCGGCUCAAAAUGACAUGUGCACAUGCAGAAGCCACUGGGCUAGAGGCUGCAACCACUCCCCAUUAAUGCGUGCACCACACCUAGCCAUAGCCUGCCAAUUGGGAGACUACCUUACAGUAUUCCCUAACAAGUUGUUCUUCAAAGCCAAAAAAAGCUCUCAUUGUCCGUGCAUGGAUAGGGGACAAAUUUUGCAUUUUUUUGUCGUUACACAUCCGUCUUACUCAGUGGAUUUUACGUUGUUUACUUUUUUCCCCUGAUUAUCGCUAAAUAUGGUUUUUAAAAAUCCACUAAAAUGCAAGAGAAACUAUCACAUCAACAUUCCAACUAAGAGGGUCUCUGCAAAGAACUGUUCUGUGACUGUAAAGUUUUCCACUCAUCAAACGUUGCCUGAGAAUGUCUCGCUUAAAAUCCGAAGACAUUUUGGUUUGUAAAUAAUCCCUUUGGUCAAUAAAAAUUUGUAGUAGGACUGUAUUCCUUUCAUCUA